UGUUUCUAUUACUACUCUAUGACAUACAUAAAAACGCCUGUAUCCCAUAAGGGGUAGGCAGAGCGCAUGCAACUACUAAAGCGUCAGUGCCACUUUUGGCAAAUAAGGAGUUGAAAGAAAACGAAACUGUGAUAGUACAAAUUAAUUAUGCCUAUUAUGAACAUUACAUUUUAUAAUGAAAUGCCCUUUUAUUUAAAAAAUAAACUGGUCAAAUCACAACUUCAAAUAAACGAAGUUUGCCGCAUUAUUAUUUAGAAAUGUAACAUUUAAGUUAUUAAAAUAAUCUUUCAUUAGGUAUUUAAUACAUUAUUUGACGCUUGACAUUAUACCUACAGUGAUCUACUCAAGAUGUACAAAUUAGUUUUGUGAGAGAAAAGACGGUAGACGAUACCCGAUGUGAAGAGACUGACGAGUUUUAUGAAGCUACCCGACAUAAAUCAUCUUCAGUUUAAACACGGCGAAUAACGGUCACGCUGGCCGUGACUCGUGCCUGCAGGUUAUAGUGCAAUAACAUUUAUAAAACAAGAAUAAGAUAACCAAACAACAAGUGUUCAUAGAAGCUGUGUAAGGUGAUUUCACUGAAGUCGAAUAUGGAUAAAUACCAAGACAAAGAAAAUGUAAAAGCGAAAACAAGGAUUCCUUUACCAUUGGCACCCCUGCCAGCUCUGCCAAACCACUUGCUUAAAAAAAUAAGCGAGAGACCCCCAUUGAAUACAUUAGCUGGCCCUAAUGGACUCAGUCAAAAUGUGCCCUCUAGUUUGCUUUGCGUGGCUGGACCAAGCAAUGCAAAAAACAAAAGCAUCGUGGAUAGACUGAAAAGUCCUUUUCAAAUUGACACAAAAUUCGUAACAGUGCAACGGGGAUGUGAUGAAUAUUUGGACUUUAAUUUUGUUGCUUACCAAGAUGAUAAGCGAAGAGUUUCAGAGCCAACUGUCAUUACUGUUAGCAGUGAUGAGGAAAAUGAAUCAAAUGAAAAGGAAAUAUAUUUCACUGAUAAAGACAGCCUUGCUAAUAAGAGGCGGAUGUCAGCAAGCACUCCGGCCCUUAACACAUUAGUUCCAGCCAGGGUGAAGAAUAUCAAGCGAAGCUUAAAGAGACCUCAUAGUAGGGAACUGCAAGGGUUAACGCCGCUGGAAAAUCGGGAAAAGGUGGAUGAUAGAGUGAAACGGAGACUGAAUUUCAAUCAGACAGUUAGAGAGAGGAUGCAGACACCUGAUUUAUCACUGAAAUCAUACAUGGCUAAUAUGGACAGAGAUUACGCAGGUGAAAUUCUAUCAUAUCUUCUACAAGCCGAGAGGAAAACAGCGGCGCUCCCGCGGGUGAAGAGUGAGACGAGAGCUUGCGAUAUCAACUGGCUGAUGAAAAUAAAUGGCGUAGACGGCAACCCAGCCACCAUUCAAACUGCGGUGUGGUACCUGGACGCCGUGCUGGCCACCGGCAACGUGACGCUAGAGAAUAUGCAGCUAGUGGCCGCAGCAGCGUACUGGAUAGCGACCAAGCACCACGGCCCGCUGACUCCUGCGUCCAAGCUUGUCAAAUACGCCAACCAUGCCUUUACGCACCAGAGGCUGUUGGAAGCGGAGAAAGUAAUAUUGGCUAGAUUGAAAUUUCCUCUCCUACCAGUAGUGCCCCAAGACUACAUCUGGUACUUCGCGUGGUGGUGCAACCAUGAGCGGCCCGGCGAGAUCGAGGUGGCCACCACGUUCCUCUGCCUCUGCGGGCUGAUGGUGAACAAGAGCCUCUGCUCGGAGUACCCGUCCGUCGUGGCCGCAGCUUCCGUGAGGAAUGCACUGUUGUUGCUGAAGAAGAAGGAGCUGAUACCGAGACUACAGAAAUGUCCAACAUACGUAGCAGCCGAAAAAAAGGCCGUGAACUUAUCGCACAUAUGUGCCAUCCUCCGCCACGCGGUGCGCGUAGUGGGCGCAAAGAACUACAGCUACAAGUUGUUCAUAUUCGAGCAGUACGGAAUGCCGCCCAAGUAUAUCGCGCAGACCAUCGUGAGCUCGGCCAACGAGCUCGCUGUCAUGGACACUAGGAGUACCGCUGUCAUAUUUUGAAGGGUUCACCGGGUGGGCCCUGUAACAAAAGCCAAAAAUUUUGCUGUAGGCUCCUUAAACUGACCAACAUUUGUUCAGCGACUUUCAAAAAUGUUGAAGUCUUAAUUUAUAUUAUUUUCAUACAAAAUAAAUAUUAUCUUCACGUAAUUACGCCAUUAUUGUUGUCAUUGUCGUUGUCUGUCACGCUUUAGACAAAAUUAGUAAUACAUUACCUCUUAGUAAAAACUUUCUUAAGGGUAAUAAAAUCAAAAUACACGUUAUUUUUAAAAGUCGCAGAACAAAUGUUGGUCUGUGGAGUAUACUAGUAGGCUACAGUUAUUUUUCUUGCUUUUGUUACAGAAGAAAGAGAUGCAGAUAUUUGCCACUCACUCUUACCUAUACUUGCAUCUGAAAACUUGCAGCAAUAACUUGCACGUCUAAACUCAGCUUUAGGCUAAGCAAUGUUGGCAGUGAUUUUUAUAGAACAGACUGUGCUCGAGUUACUUUAAAUGUGAAAAUUCUAUGAAAUUUUUAUGUUGACUACCAGAAUAUGGGCAUUUCCACAAUUUGGGACACAGACAGUUGUCAUUUACACAUUAGUUCCAUUUGUAUCAGGUCUUAUGAACAACCUCUACUUAAGGGAAGCAAAUGAAUAGCUGUAUUUAAUUUACUUUGUAGCAUAAGUGUUUUUAUAAUAUUAAUUACUUGAUAGAGGAAAAACUUCCUUAAAGUAGAAGUUUGAUCUUUUUAAACUUGAUUGAUUGAUUAUGUAGAUCUAGAGAUUACGCUAAGCUUGGGUGGGAUUGGGAUUAGAUGCUGAGCUGACCCCACGCUCUAGUUGAGUGACCUAGUAAGAUGUUGAUGACAUGUUUUUCGAUGGGUAUAGUUUAGUAACACAGACAGCAGAUAGAAGAAACUUAUUAUUUAUGUACUUUUUAUAACAAGUUGACGUGUAAGAACUGGAUUCUAACACAAAGUUAAUACAUGAUUGUGACGAAAAUAAAUAAUUCCUUAAUAUA